AUGCCUCCUCUUCUAUGCUUCAAGACACUUUUGACCAACAAUUUCGGUCAUCUUCAUCUUUAUGGUCGCCACACUGUGGUGUUGUAUGCCUCUCCCCCCAUAUUAUUCUCACAGACCCUUUAUUUAGUCCUUGCGGCAGGUGCAUCAUUACAACUGUCACUCAUACUGACAAUAAAUUUUCUCCAUUCAAGAUGGGUGUCAUCUAUGCUCCCGCCUCUCGAACUCCCCGCUAUGAUUUUCUUUCUUCCUUACUGUCGACACCUGACCUCAUUCCAUCCAAUCCUUCCAACUUCAUUUUAUUAG